AUGGAAGAGUGUCCUAUUUGUUUGGCAGAUGACCAAGAGGGUGAACAAUUUGGAUGUUUGAACGUUUGCGGGCAUAAAUUCCACUUAAACUGUAUAAGAGAGUGGCACAAGUAUAGUAUCAACUUGAAGUGCCCCAUCUGCAGGGUUGAAUCCACCCAUUUAGAAGUUGGCGAAGGGCAACAUGCACUUUCUAUAAAUUUGAAGAUGGGGUUUAUGAUUAAGAAUGCUAUCGAUUAUGUGGGGGCCGAAACAACUAACGAAAGAAAUGAGGACGAUACAGGGGAGCAAGACCAAGAAAUAGAAUUUCUCAGCGAAAGGCUUAGAGGUACGCUGGUGAUGGAUACCAUUAAGAUAAUUCAGUGCAGCAUAUGCGGAGACACAGAUGUUUCUCGAUUAAGCCUGUAUUGCCAAGACUGCGAAGCAAUAUAUCACGAAACAUGUCUACGCGGGCUAGCUUGUGAGGUGGGCGAUCGCAAUACGUGGCAGGAGUGCACAGAUUGUAGAUCAAAUGCAUUGCUCGAGCUGCGCAUGGGUGCUAUCAGUAGCCAACUUGCUAGCUACGAUUCCAGGAAUUCCAUGAUUUUUGCUGGUGAGUUACGGGACAAGCACAGCGUCAAGACACAGCAGAUGUAUGAACAGAUACGGAAUGCCAAGCACAAAAUCCAGAUGCACGUGCGACGAGCACUGGACCGGUACCCACUGCCUCUGCUGCGCUUCAAGGAUGCCUACAAGCACGUCAACAAGCAAGUAUCCCGCAAGUUGUACCGUCUCUCUGACAACAAGUACCUGCCUGACCAGUACGAUUACGACUCUUUAGCCCGAACUGGAGUGCACACAGAACUCCUAAUUUACUGUCAUGAUGAGUAG